CCGAGUUGCAGACCUGCCGGGCCCGGAGCGCGGGCCUCGCGCGUGGCGGGACAGCUUUGUGGAGCCUUGGGAUGUGCGAAGGAGGGCGACAGCUUCAGCAGUCGUGGUGGCCCAGGUACCAUUUUGGACGCUCCUGAGAGAGGCGGGUCUCCCGGCCCACUUCCGGCAUCCCCCACCCCCCAAUCGCUUCAGCUCUUCCUAAGUCCAUCGAAGAAAGAGAUUGCAGGUUUACAGGCAAAAGAUGGCUAAGGAAAGGUGCCAGAAAAAAUCCUUUCAAGAUAGUCUUGAAGACAUAAAGAAGCGAAUGAAAGAGAAAAGGAAUAAAAACUUGACAGAGCUUGGCAAACGCAAAUCCUUCAUAGUUGCACCGUGCCAAGUACUCAACAUCACUUCUACACUGCUGAAAAAUACCCAACAAAACAACAAAAUGUUAGUUUUAGCUUUGGAAAAUGAAAAAUCCAAAGUGAGGGAAGCCCAAGAUAUCAUCCUGCAGCUGAGAAGAGAGUGUUACUACCUUGCAUGUCAGUUAUAUGCAUUGAAAGAAAAACUUGCUUCACAACAAACAAAAGCUGCUCAGGACUGUGCUGCUGGAAAUUUGGUCUUUCCUCCCCAUGUACCGCCUCCACUGGAUCAAUCUAGCCAUCAUACAAAGAACCAGGAAAUACGUUCCUCUGAAAUGGACUCCAAUAGGGAUGACAACACCAGCGAUUUAUUUGUGAAGGAUUCACCGUUAGCAUCAUUACCAGGGCGAGUUCCUCUUGAAGAAACUGACCUUCCAAGACACAGAGAAUCAUUGCAAAUAGAAGAACAAAUGUCUACUACUACUCAAGACACACUGGGAUGUGACCUUGAUUCAGAUGAAGCUAAGUCUACUGAUUAUAUAUUACCUAGAACAAUAUCUUUCCAUCGCCGUUUAAAGAAAGAUUUUAAUGAUAUAAGUCUGUUCAAUACUUGGAAUGACUUUGAAACCAGUCAUUUAGCAAGGCAGCCUUAUGAAUUGGAAAGAAUUGAAUGUGUAGACCCAGGAGUAAACAUACACGUACCUGAAAAUGUAGAACAAAAUGUUUGUCAGUGGAACAAGGACCAAAUUAAUUUAUCACCAAAGCUCAUUCACCCAGGAAAAUUUACUAAAACAAAGGAAAUUAUUUUGGAAUCUAAAUCUGAACAAACUAAAAGUAAAUGUAAAGAUGCAAAAGGAAGAAAAAGAGAAGAGAAAAGAAAAGCUAACAGAAGUAAAAAAUCAAAAUCUACAUCAAAGCAUAAAAGGAACAAAAGUGAAAAUAAAACAAAUGUUUCCAACAGUAAAUUGGAUAAAUCUGUCAGUUCCAGUGAUGCUUACAAUUUUAAUUUAGAAGAGCUUAUUCAUCUCACUCCUUUCCGACAAAAAACAAGUGCUGAUUCUAAUAGAGAGGAAAACGACCAUAAGUCUGAAGGGAGCAUCUGUGAAUCAAGCAGUUCUGAAGAUGAUUUUGAUGACCUCUAUCUGCCCUCUCACAAGUACAUUCAAAAUCUUGCCACCAGCUCAAAUGGGAGACCAGUCACUAGGCCUCGAUCUAAAAGAACACUGCAGUAUGCAGAUGAAAGAGAGAGAGAGGAUUCUAAGCCAACACAAACUCCUCCAAGUGUGCCAUCUGAGACUCACCAGUCACCUUGCUGUAGCCUAAAGGAUAUCACCAAUACUCCCAUGUCUUCUGUAGUGAAAACAAAGAAACAUUCUCUUUCUCCAAAAAAGAACACAGAAAGUCCAGCAGUAUCUCUGCCCAAGCGUAGGUGCACAACCCACAUUAACUAUAAGGAGCCAACACUUACUUCGAAACUAAGAAGAGGGGACCCUUUUACAGAUUUACAUUUUUUGAAUUCUCCUAUUUACAAGCAGAAGAAGGACGUGAGAUGUUCUAAAAAAAAAUAAUACCAGUAAUAAACAAAUGCAAUUUAUCUCACCCUUUUCUAUUGCUCCAGUAGAGAAUCUGUUAAAACUGUACACAAAUGUAUGGAAUUAUUCCCAUAGACUAUUCUCUUCACGGGACUCUAGAUUAUAAUAAUUUCUUCAAAACUGCACUUCAUAAUUGUUUAGAUUUCUUAAGUUGCCUAAACUCCUUAAUUUUACUUAAAAUGAAUCUGGUACCAACAUCUUGAAAUUACUGAUUAUUCAAAUUAUUUUAAUUUUCUGGCAUCUUUAUUUUUCCCGUAAAGCAGGGAAUACUAAAAUGAACAAUUUUUUAAGGCAAGGUAAGACCUUUUGAAAAAUCCUUAAUUUUUGGAGUUAAAUAAAUCCUUCACAUUCACAUUAAGAUAAACACCCUGUUGUUUGUGGGCCCCUUUUAACACUGUUGUACUUAGGUUCUUCACAUAAAAUACAUAUGGGGUCAUGAUUAGAGAAUUUGUGGUUGUUCAGGCUCAUGGAUUAAAUGUCUGAUUAUGAACCUUAAGUGUGUGCUAUUCAAAGUGAUGCCUCAGCAGACUCACAAAUUAUGUCAUGGACUUUCAGGACCCCCCCCCUCCCCCCAACCCAUGUGCCCCAUGAUUUAAUUAAGAAUCUCAAAUGUUAAAUGUGUGAAUACCAAGGGCUUUACUCUAUUUUUAAUCAACCAAUGAGAGCUCAGAAAGUUUGACAUCUACUCUUGUAUGUAUCCCUUUAAACUUUGAAAUCAUUGAUAGUAGUCCAUUUUUAAAGAACAAUAAAAUUUGUGUAAGAUAGCACAUGUGUUUUCUUCUGUUCUUCAUCAGAUAGAUUAGCUAUCUGGUUGUCUUCUUUCUAGCCUUCACUAUUCUUAUCCUUGGACAUGUCCUUUUCUCUCCCAUUCAGCAUUCUCUGUAGUCAAACAUGACAUCUCUCUCCUCCACAUUUUUUUUUAAUAUCUUUAUUUUACAUUUAUGUGGUUCUGAGGAUCAAACCCAGUGCCUUAUGCAUGCUAGGCAAGCACUCUACCACUGAGCCACAACCCAGCCCCUCUCCUCCACAUUUUCAUUGUGCAACCUCAGGGUCCAUUAUCAAAAAAUUCAAUUUGAGCUGGGGAUGUAGUUCUGUGGUAGAGCACUUGCCUAGCAUGUAUAAGGCCCUGGGUUCAAUCCCACGUACUACCAAAAAAAAAAUCUAAUUUUACUAGAUGACCCUUUCAAUCUUCAUCUCAAAUUAUUUUCUUGACUAUAUCUUAUCUUUCAGUCACACUCAAAAUGCUUAUCACCCACAGUAUUUCUUUCCCCUAAAAUCACAUAUCCAUACAUCCCAUUGUCCUAUCAGUCUAUUUUUCCAGUUUUGUUAACCAUUCCCUUUAUACCUUUUUAAAUUCAUGAAACCUCACUCUACAGUUAUCAUCUUAAAAUUCAGUUUCUCAGGCUGGAGAUAUAUCUCCAUGGUAAGAGUGGCCAAGUGCUCAUGAGUGAGAUCCUGGGUUUGGUCCUCAACAUAAUGGAAAAUAAAAAGUGCUAAAAAUUCAGUUUCUCGGUCUCAGUUGCCAUGUAUAGUAGUAGUUGUUGCAGUACCGUAGAUGUUGCAGAUACAGAACAUCACCAUCAUCACAGGAAUUUUCAAACAGUGCUCUUCCCAACCAACAGUGGCUAAACUAUAGCCUAUGGGCCAAAUCCAGUAUACCCUGCUUUUGGACAGUCUGAAUGCUAAGAAUAGUUUUAAUACUUUGAAAUAGUUGAAAAACUCACAUAUUUGGAACCAAUUUCAAUGACAAGUUACACUAUCUUUAAACCCCAAUAAAUUAUCCGUAUAAUAUUCUCAAACUUUGCCUUUUGGCCUGCAGAUCCUAAAAUUUACCUUCAGGAUACUUACCAAGAGUUUGCCAAUUCCUGCUGUGGACUCUAGACCAUCAAUAUAUAUAUAUAUAUUUUUUUUUUUUUUGAAUGUGCAACAUUUUUAUUUUUUAGUUUUUAUUUAUUUUUUGUUUUUAUUUAUUUUUUAUUUGUAUUUAUUUUUAGUUAUAUAUGACAGUAGAGUGCAUUUUGACAUAUAAUACAUACAUGGAAUGUACAUACAUCAAUCAAAUUGUCUAUUCUGCUGCCCUUCCUAUCCUCCCUGCUCCUCCCUUCCUCUCCCAUCCUUUCUCUCUAUCCAAUCUAAUGUGACACACUUUUUUUUUCUCAUUACAACAUCAUAUAUGUAUUCUCUAUAACAAUGAGGUUCUCCUUCCAUCUUCUGUGUAACUCCCUUCUUCCUCUUUUUCCCUUCCACCUCUCUUCCCUAUUUAGUGGUAGUCUUCUUCUCAUGCUCUUCCUCCCUAUCCCAUUUUGAGUCACCCCCCUUAUAUCAGAGAAGACAUUAGGCAUUUGUUUUUUAGGGAUUGGCUAACUUCACUUAGCAUAGUCUGCUCUAAUGCCAUCCAUUUGCCUGCAAAUGCCAUGAUUUUAUUAUUUUUUAGUGCUGAGUAAUAUUCCAUUGUGUAUAAAUGCCACAUUUUUUUAAUCCAUUCAUCUUUUGAAGAGCAUCUAGGUUGGUUCCACAUUCUAGCUAUUGUGAAUUGUGCUGCUAUAAACAUUGAUGGGGCUGUAUCCCUGUAGUAUGCUCUUCUUAGGUCUUUUGGGUAUAGUCCGAGAAGGGGAAUAGCUGGGUCAAAUGGUGGUUCCAUUCCCAGCUUUCCAAGGAAUUAUAUUUUUUCUUUAUCUCCACCUAAAUAAAAGUUCUUUUAAGCCUUUUUUUGUUGUUGUUGUUGUUGUUUUGUUUUGUUUUGGCACUGGGGAUUGAACUCAGGGGCAUUCAACCACUGAGCCACAUCCCCAGCACCUUUUAAUAUUUUAUUUAGAGACAGAGACUUGCUGAGUUGCUUGAUCUUAAUCUUCUCUUGUGAAGUUCAAUUUGCCAAACUGACAAAAUGAUUUCAAAUCCUCAUUUUAUUCAUCAAAUCAUUAGCAAUGUCUUAAUGCUCUUUUGAGCUAGCAUGCCAUUUUUGCAUGUACAUCAUUAAAUUUGACAAAACUAAAAAUGGAGACUUGUUAUAUGUCUCACAAGUGACCUGUCAAUCAAUACCCUUUGGGUGUGCUUGUCCAAUCACCUGGGGCUCCUCUCAUACCAAGGACAUCACAGGAAAACUCUAACCAAAGGCCUUUUAGACAGCUUUCCAAGGAAUCUCCAUACUGCUUUCCAAAUUGGCUGCACCAAUUUGCAGUCCCACCAGCAAUGUAAGAGUGUACCUUCUCCCCCCCCACCAUCCUCGCCAGCACUUAUUAUUGUUUGACUUGGUAAUGGCUGCCAUUCUUAUUGGGGUGAGAUGGUAUCUUAGAGUAGUUUUAAUUUGCAUUUCUCUGAUUGCUAGAGAUGGUGAGCAUUUUUUCAUGUAUUUGUUAAUUGAUUGUAUAUCCUCUUCUGAGAAGUUUCUGUUCAAGUCCUUGGCCCAUUUGUUGAUUGGGUUAUUUGCUUUUUUGUUGUUUAACUUUUUGAGUUCUUUGUAUACUCUAGAGAUUAGAGCUCUAUCUGAUGUUUGAGGGGUAAAAAUUUGUUCCCAGGAUGUAGGCUCCCUAUUCACCUCGCAUAUUAUUUCUCUUGCUGAGAAAAAACUUUUUAGCUUGAAUUCGUCCCAUUUGUUGAUUCUUGGUUUUAACUCUUGUGCUAUAGGUGUCUUAUUAAGAAAUUUGGGGCCAUCAAUAUUCUUUAAUUUCCCUUCAAAUGUCAUUCUCUCCUGACACUUUGUAAUUCUGAUUCUUAUCUCCCCAUCCCUUCAUACCCAGAGUCAACAUUUAUCCUAAAAUGAUGUCAUAGUUUUGUAUUUUUUAGUGUUUCUGUGUUCUUUCUUGGCUGCUAGCGUUUGUCCAUUGCCUAUUUUGUUUUGUGUAACAGUUUACAUGAACCAUGUUGUACAUAUUGUACAUACCCUUUUCUGACUGUUAACACUAUUCUUGAGACUUACCCAUGUUGGUCGAUGCAGAUUAUUUUCAUCACUGUACAGAAUUAUAUAAAUAAACCAGACGUAUCCCUUCCUCUUGA